UCCUAUUGAGGUUAUGCGCCAUAUUGGCAGUCUCCUCCAUCUCAGCAAACGUCGAGCAUGCCUGCCUCUAACCGGUUAUUGAGGAGAUUUCUGUAAAUAUUUACAGUCACCUGCGAGCAACACUAUGGAGGCCGUCAAAGCCUUUAACAAUGAGCUGUACUCAUUGAAUGAGUACAAGCCGCCCAUCUCCAAGGCCAAGAUGACACAGAUCACCAAGUCUGGAAUCAAAGCUAUAAAAUUCUACAAGCAUGUUGUCCAGAGUGUGGAGAAGUUUAUUCAAAAGUGCAAACCCGAAUACAAGGUCCCCGGGCUGUACGUCAUCGAUUCAAUUGUCAGACAGUCUCGGCACCAGUUUGGCACGGAGAAGGAUGUUUUUGCCCCACGCUUCAGCAAGAAUAUCAUUGCAACGUUCCAGCACCUCUAUCGCUGCCCUUCAGAUGAUAAGAGUAAGAUAGUGCGAGUCCUGAACCUGUGGCAAAAGAAUGCCGUCUUCAAGAGUGACAUUAUCCAGCCUCUGUUGGACAUGGCAGCAGGGAUUCCCCCUCCCAGCGUCACACCUGUGAUGCCCAGCAGUGCUGCUCCGGUCAAUAACACUACACCUGGCACCCCAGCUACACCAGCUACCCCAGCUAACAUAGUCCAGGGUCUGCCUGAUUGGGCUUCACAGAUUACCAACACAGACACUGUGGCUGCUGUGGCACAGAUCCUACAGAGUCCUCAGGGACAACAGCUGCAGCAGCUGGUACAGAGUCUACAGAUGCAGCAGCAGCAGAAGCCCCAGCCGUCCCUGCUGCAGGCCUUGGAUGCCGGCCUGGUGGUGCAGUUGCAAGCUCUGACAGCUCAGCUCACUGCUGCCGCUACUGCCAACAGUCUCAACCCCCUGGAACAGAGGGUGUCCUCUUUUAAUAAGAAACUUCUGGGUCCUUUCGAUUUUGGAAAUGAUUCAGAACGUGGUGAAGAAUCGAAAAAGGAUUCCUCGUCAACUCAGCUGCCCAUGGUGUCGGAGCCCAUUAACAGCUCCCUCUUCCAUCAGCUGGCUGAGCAGCUACAGCAGCAGAACCUGGAGCAGUUUCAGAAGCAGCUUUUAGAGCACCAGCAGCACCAACAGAAGGCAAUGAGCAUAGAAGGGCAGGACUCGAUCUUCGGGCAAGAGAACUCUGUUGCGACUGCUCAGAGCAGCAGCCAGCCACAGCUUUCUGAGCAAGAUAACAAGGUGGAUGACUCCAUAGACAACCAACAGCAGGACAUGGAUCUGGAUGAGGGCCCGGAUGGUAUGGAGGAGGAGAUCUUUGAGGCAGACGAGAAGAAGAUUGCAAGCACACGCUCCAGGACCCGCUCAAGGUCGCGCUCUAGGUCUCCCAAGAGGAGAAGGUCCAGGUCCCGCUCCGGCUCACGGAAACGCAAACACCGCAAGCGGUCACGCUCACGCUCUAGAGACCGCAAGAGGAAAUCAUCACGGUCGUACUCAAGUGAAAGACGCGCCAGAGAGCGAGAAAAGGAGCGGCAGAAGAAAGGGCUGCCUCCUAUACGAUCUAAGACUCUAAGUGUGUGCAGCACGACUCUGUGGGUGGGCCAGGUGGACAAAAAGGCCACUCAGCAAGACCUCACCAACUUAUUUGAAGAGUUUGGCCAGAUUGAGUCUAUCAAUAUGAUCCCUCCCAGAGGCUGUGCCUAUAUCUGUAUGGUCCACAGACAGGAUGCGUACCGUGCCCGCCAGAAGCUCAGCACUGGCUCCUUUAAGAUUGGCUCUAAAAUCAUCAAGAUUGCAUGGGCUCUAAACAAGGGAGUCAAGCAGGAGUACAAGCAGUUUUGGGACGUGGACCUGGGCGUCACCUAUAUACCUUGGGAGAAGGUGAAGCUGGAUGAUCUGGAUGGCUUUGCUGAAGGAGGAAUCAUUGACCAGGAGACUGUUAAUGAUGAGUGGGAAGCAGCCAAGAGUUCUGAGCCAGCCAAGGAAGUAACAAGUCAGCCUGUGAGCGGUGAGGCUACAGCAGCAUCUAACACCCAGGCUGAGACCUACAACCAGCAGGUCGCCAUGAUGCCUGUACAGCUCCCCGUGGCCCAGGCUGUUCCUAGUGCAGUAGGUUUGGUGCCUCCUAGCUUCCCUGUCGCCAUGGGCAUACCCCCACCAGGCUAUGGGCCGCCGCCACCCUUCAUAAGGGCUGGUUUCAAUGCCUCACAGCCUCCGCCAGGUUUUAUGCAGGCAGCACAGACAGCAGCCAUGGCCUCGGCAGCUACUUCUUUAGUGCAGUCUUCAGUGGCAUCCAGCCAAGACGCUGUCAAGGAAUCGCCAUUCAGUGCUAUGAUUCCCCCGACCAGCACCAUCCCUGGCGGCUUCAUGGCCGGUGUGUUCAACCCAGUGGGAGUCCAAGCUCAGCAAGCCGCCAACGAGAAAGCCUCACAGUCUGCAGACGGUAUGGAAACUGCUGCGGAGCUUACACUUCAAGGCAUGCAGAACGCAGUCCGCAGUGGCAUGGGACUCCUUGGCAUGCACCCCACAGCUUCGCUCACCCACCAGCUGCAUCAGUCUGGUCUGACUGGGCAGAGAAUGCCCGGCCUGCUGCCUCUGGAUGUGCGACCUAACCUCCUCCAACCUGGGGCUGCCGCCCGUUUCCCACUCCUCAUGCAGCAAGGGCCCGUCCAGCAGGCUGCUGGCCUCCUCGAAAGUUCCCUCCAGGCUCAAGCCCGUGCCAGGGCGCCCUUCUCUCAGCUCGACCCCUUCAACAGGGCCCCCAACCUAACCAACGAAAAUGUAUCCAAGACAGAAGAUGAGUCCUCUGGAGCUGAUGAGGGCAAAGACCAGGACUACCGCUUCCCUCCAAUGGAAAAGCAGAGUACAGGCCUGCUGAGGACCCCUCCACCAGAGCAUAGGGAGCCCCUUGGAGUUGGUGGUGUAGCAGGAGGUGGAGGAGGAGGAGGAGGAGGUGGUGGAGGAGGGGGGAGGCCUCCGUUGCUCCAGACCCCGGGGACUCAGCCAGCCAGAACCAGCCUAGUGGGACGUCUGCAGGCCCUUGCAGGCUUCACUCCUGAUAACCGCUGGAAUCAGACCAGAGGGGACUUUGAUGAACGAGAUGGCAUGCGAGGAGGCUUACAGGCCUCAGGUGGUCCAAAAGGCUUCCAGGAGGAUCGGCCCACACCUGGGCAGAACUUCCCCAACCGCUUCGACAGCCGUCCUGGGACAGCAGGAGGAGCGUCUGGUGUUUCGGGCAAUGCUGGAGCUGCUGGGGGACCUCAGGCCUGGAACCGUAGUGGUGGUGCCACAGCACCUUUUGACAGUGAACUACAUCAAGACCUAGAUGACCGAAGACGCCCGUGGGACAGGCAACGAGACAGAGAUGAAAGAGAUUUUGACUUCAGGAGGGAGAUGAAUGGUAACCGCCAUAGCCGGGAGAGGGAGCGGGACCGUGAUAGGGAGAGAGACAGGGAACGAGGAAGAGACCGCAACAGAGAGCACGAGCGUGACAGAGACCGUGACAAAGAGAGAGAGCGCGACAGGGAUCGUGAACGUGGGGGCUGGACACCUCUUCUCCCUCUACCGACACCUCUGCUUCCAACUCCACCUCUUAACCCCAACCUGACCCUGAACCAAGGCAAACUGCUUGCACCACUCAAAUUAAAUCCCCAGAUGCAGCCACGAUUCCAGUCCCCACUCCUUCCUCAAGCUCAGGCCAAGCCCUCUCUCUUGGGUCUGAAUCAGCCGCCGCCUCAGGUUCAGAUUAAGUCCCCACCUCCAUCACAGAGCCAAGCGGCCGUGCCCGAGCCCCAGUCAGAAACCUCCGCUCCGUCGGAGAUACCUCAGUCACAGUCAUCACCCUCAACCCGAUCACCUGACCUGUCAUCUGACAGCAAAUGUCAAAGCCUGUUGACUGAGGCUCCUACCAAAACUGAAUUAUCGCCACAACAUGAGACCACUCCACAAACCGAAUCACCAUCUCAGCCCAUGGCCCAGUCCCCGGCUCAGUCCCCGGCCCAGUCCCCGGCCCAGUCCCCAGCUCAGUCCCCGGCCCAGUCCCCAGCUCAGUCCCCCGCUCAGUCCCCCUCCAAAACUACCGCUUCUCCAGACACUGGGACCCCGAGCCAAGCCUCACCACUUGUUGAGGCGUCAUCCCAGGACUCACCUGUGGCCUUCACACGGGCUGCCAGCCCCCCUGAAGAGACCACUCACUCUCUGGAGGAGCCAGAAAGCCCUCAGAAGGAUGAAGAGGAGUCACAAGAGAGAACCCCCUCACCCCAACCCCAGUGGGUCAAUGGAGCUGGGAUGGACAAUGGCACUGUGGCUGAGUCAACACCUCAGGCGUCUCCUGAGCUCUCUCCCGAGCUCUCUCCCGAGCCUACUGAGGAACCCUCUCCCGAUCCCGUGCUCCCUGACAGUGAACCGGAGCAGCAGCAGGAGCAGCUUACCUCUCCUGAGGACGUAGACAAUGAACAGAGUGAGCCCAUGGAGGAAGCUGCGAGUCAGCCAGUGGUAGACACUGUCACAGACACUGAGGGGACAUAAUCAUCACUCAGUAGGUAAAAGAUCAUUUUGUAAAGUUGUCUCUUCUUCUCUGUACUCAUGUCGGCAAACCACCACACGGGACAUGGCGAAUACUGACUCACAUCAGUUAUUGUCUUAUAACCAAUAACAAAUGAUUUUAUCUCUCACAAAUGCCAGUGUACUUAAAUAGAAGGCUCAUUAGCUGAUUUAUUGAUAGACAAUUUUGUUUGUGUUUUUAUUUCCUUUUUUAAGUUGUAAUGCCACCCCACACGUUUUAAUUAAUCUUAGCUUGGCGAAUUUUAUUGAAUUGCCUACCAAAAUGUUUCAAAUGUAUAUGGGGGGAAAUCCGCUUUGACCUUCCUAUGGAAGAGAGUAAAAACUCCUGGCUGUUCAACCAUGGAUUGAAUACCGCUACACGAGAUACUUGAAAAAGGCAGUUGCUGGCCCCAUUUCUGUCUCCUCUUCUUUUAAAAUGCUGCUGCAAAGUUUUCAGUGAAUGCUUUUGUGGUGUCCUACAAUGCUUUCUGUUUCCAAGCAGAACAAAUAGCCUGCGUACAGUGAGACCAGUACAGCUGCUAAAAAUUGGAGAACAAAAUGAACAUUUUUAAAAUGAACACAUGAUAAUGUAUCCCCAAAAUAAAAUGUCUGUAAUUUGUUUCCAAUUAAACAGUGAACACAAACAGAAACGUACAUGCCAGGGGGGAGAAAAAGAAAAAGAACAGAGGAAUGUUCUAAUGUUGGGUGCAUAUUGUUUUAGUUUGAAAUAAACAUGCUUUGUCUGUUUUUAAAAAAAAACACAUGCUUUAGGACUGUUUUCUGACCCAGGACCAGUGGAAACUAAGACUGCUUUACAGGCUCGUACACAUUGUGUGCUGUCACUUCAGUCGAUUUGAUGUUCUCGUAACUCAAGUUGCUGCUAUACCAUCCAUCCACAGAGCACUUUGUUGGAUGCAACCGUGGGACUUGUAGUUUUUAGUUUCUGAUGACUUCCGCCUGUAUGUUUCCCUAAGCGUUUGCUGGGUGACUGACUGUUGAGAAUGGGAUUGUGCCUUUUUGAAUGGAUUUUGUCGUUCAUGAUGAUGAUGCUACCCAACACUACUGUGUGAUGUAUACCAGACUGUGCGCGCAACUCAGUUUCAGACAGCUCUAUGAACACAGUGCUACCUGCACAGAAUUGACUGGCCUACCGUUUGAAUGGUAGCUGGGCAGUUUGUACAGCACUCACCUAGAGGAGAACAAGUCUAUAUACUCCAUCGUUCUGUGCAUGCAGGCCUGUAGCCAUGUUUUAACCUUCUUGUGUCUCUCUUUUGUCAUUUCAUACUUGUAGUGCUUUUCUGUUGAGACAUACUACUAGAAACCCAUAGUCUGCUGUUCUCUCAGACCAAAUGUCUACUACAGGAGUUGUGAUGUUGAAUAAAAGUUGAAGGUGCAUCGGA